GCAUUCAUGGGAUUUUCGUCGGUUUCUGGGCAAAUAUUCGGAAAAUAUAAAUUAUACAUGUACCAGUCAUCGUGCAAAAUGCGUCCGAAGAAGAUCCUAGUGUCGUUAAUAUUGUGCUCGUCCUUAUGGUGUUUCGCGACAUCAGCCAAAUCGACUCGCUUAAAACCCCACAAAACCGCCAAAUUCGUCCCGAAAAAAACCACCUGCAAAUCGAAGGACCUCUGCAACGAGGCGCCCGACUACCCCGCCGAAGACAUGGCCCGAUUGCUGCGCAAGCACCGGAAGAAAUUGCAGUACCUGCCCGGCACGGUGGUGAAAACGUUGGGCGACAAGCACCCCAGACCGGUCCUGCGAUCGCCCGACGUCGGCGAGAACCUCUGCAGAACCAUGCGGUACUCGGUGAUUCCCAAGAUCGCCUACGACACCCAAAACCGGCCCAAGUACAUCGUCAACGUGGCCAACUUCACGCAGAUCAUCAAGUACGAGACGUGCGUGAACGAAAACGAGAGUUGUUAUGGCAACGAGGUGUGGCCGGACGCGAUGAGGACGUUUUGUAAGAGAGCCUACACCGUCAUCAGGCUUUUAAGCGUAUCGCAUUCGGGGAAAAUGCAGUACGCCUAUUUUCCGGUGCCCAGUAAUUGCGUUUGUUCGUAUUUGAAAACCAUACCGUACGAUUUCAGGUGA